AUGCCGUCAGUCGAAGAGCUCCCUCCAGUUCUGAAUGGGCUUAUAAAGGGAUCAUUUGUCUAUAAAACAAUUAAAGAUCGUUGGCCAAAAAUAAUAGGAAAAGUUGUCGACCAAGUACACCGUCACUAUCAUACCCAUGUUGCCACAUACCAUCAAGAAGGAAGUCGAGACAUAACAACCGUAAUUAGUGAAUUAUCCGAAUUGAUGUAUCGCAUUAGUACCGAUAAACCGUUGAAGGAUCUGACCGAUAACGGUGAAAAUCUGUGUCGUUGGAAUAAAAUUUUAAGUAAAUUACGAGACGAAGCAAACGGUGAAGUGACAUGGUAUAGCUCGGAUUGGAUUUUUGCUGAAUGUUAUUUGUACCGCUUUAUGGCUGGCAUAUUUUCCAAAACAGCCACACUGAAUCAGUUUGAUCCUUUUGAAGCGCCAAAGCAAAGUGCAUUUAUUGAAAAAGUUGUUGGCAAGUACUUGGCGGAAAUUUGUUUGUGGGGUAAUACAUGCGAUUUGUCGCUGUCAGGUGGCGAUAGUUCUGCGCCCAUUUAUUCUUCAGUUGAAAUGAUUAAAAAUUUAGAUGAAAAAAUUCUUUCAAAUGAUAUCGCUGAAGCAGAAACCAUUUUAAUGAAGGCAGCUGGACAGCGAGUAGAUUUGGUACUUGACAAUGCAGGUUUUGAACUCUUCGUUGACUUUGUACUUGCCGAUUUUUUGAUCUCUAUGCUCAAUAUUGGCAAGGUUGUUUGUCAUGGCAAGUCAAUACCAUGGUUCGUUUCUGAUGUGACUGUGAAGGAUUUUAACUGGCUGCUCAGAAUUCUUGGUACCAGUAACAACGAAGUGUUACGCGAAAUGGGCCUACGUUGGCAAGGAAUGCUUGCUGAGGGCAAACUGGAGUUUCGAGCAGAGGAAUUUUGGACUUUGCCAUUUCCUUAUUGCGAUAUGCAUAUUGAGGAUCCGGAUUUAUACAAUGAUUUGAAAAAAUCUACUUUGUUGAUUUUCAAAGGUGACCUAAACUAUAGAAAACUUAUUGGCGAUCGUAAGUGGCCUCACGGCACUCUGUUCAAAACCGCUCUUCGAAAAUUUGCGCCUGCUCCGAUAUUGGCAUUACGUAUACUGAAAGCUGAAACCUUAGUAGGGUUAAGUUCUGAUAUUAUCGAAAGUAUCAAUCGCCAGUUUGGCGAUAAGGAGGAUUGGAUGGUCGCAGGCGAAUACGCUGUAGUUCAACUAUCAAAAUGA